AGGGAGGAGGGCUUUUGCGAUGAGGUUGGUUCUGGUCCAACCCACCAAUGAGACAAGUUGCGUGGACUCGACGGUGGGGGCCUCCGCCGUCGCCGCACGCAGCACCGAGAGCGCGCCGAAGCGGGUCGGUCCGCAGCCCGCCGCACGCGACCAGCAGGAGGAGGAGGAGGAGGAGGAGGAGGCGGUGAUGCGGCAUCGAGACUCGCGCGCUGUCCGACAGCAGCAACAGCAGCGACCGCACGCAGCAUCGCCAUCCUCAGCAGCAACGCCGUUUUACACUCUGCCGCCUCCACCGCCACCGCCGCCGUCUCACAGUGCGCGCGGACACCGGAAACCGCCCAGCGCGACUGGACAACUGCAACGGGGCGGCGCACGAGAACCGUCAUCAUCCUCAUCACCAUCAUCACAAAGUCAAGGCGCCGAGUCGAGUAUCGCGAACAGCCAGCGGCGCAACUGCACCUUCACAAAACCGUCGGCACGAGCUCUCGGUUCCGUUUCCCCGGACUCUGUCGGUGACCCCGCCUGGUGCGGCUUGCGAUUGGCGGAGGAUCAGUCUCGAGGGAACCAGUGGAACAAACCUGCGCAUCGUCUCUCGUGCAGCUGCGGAAAAGAAGGCGGGUCGUUGCCGGAAGAGCAGCAACAACUGCAGCAGCCACAACAAACGCUACAGCAGAUCAGCAGCAAUCCGUUCACCGCUCUGCUGCAAAACCAGCCGCCGCUGCCUUCAUCAUCAUCACCGUUAUCUUCAUCAUCAUCAACGCAACAGCAUCAGCAGUCGCGCGCUCCCGCGGGCCAGCCGCCCGAAACCGCCGCCGCUCGCGCGCUCCAGGACCCGCAGGCGUCUCGGUUGCAGGUGCAGCAGCAGCGGCUCGUGAGGAGCAGCCUGCCCGAGAGCUGCGCGAGAGCACCGCCGCACGAGCUGUGUGCGCAACGGCCCUGUGGCAUCCAGCAGCAACAGCAACAUCAGCAACAGGGCGCGCGAGCGGAAUGGCACCGUGACGGAGACACGAACCCGAGCGCGGAGCACGAGCCUCAGAGAAACCAAGGGCAUCAGGUGAGUGCGGAUGGCAGCAGGCUGAGCCAUGCUUGGUCGUGCUCUUCGCUGUCGCCCAGCGGCCCCGCGCUCCCUCAGAUAGCCAUGAACAGCUGUAAGUACAAUGGCGGCGUGGUGAGACCGUUGGGCAGCAGGAACCUGGCCGAUCUGGACUCUGAGACGCAGCCGCUGCAGACACUCCAUACUUCCGGCCUCGAGGUCGUGGUGUCAAAGGGCAACGGCGACGAGACGGGCAAGCCGCUGCACGAGGAUGCCAGCAACGCCCCGCACAAAAGGAACAAGGACAUCGGCUACAAGCUCGGCCACCGGAGGGCGCUGUUUGAAAAGCGGAAGCGCCUUAGCGACUACGCCCUCAUCUUUGGCAUGUUUGGCAUUGUAGUCAUGGUGACAGAGACGGAGCUCUCGUGGGGGGUUUACACAAAGGAAUCCUCAUAUUCAUUUGCACUGAAAUGCCUUAUCAGCCUUUCCACUCUGAUCCUCCUUGGUCUGAUUAUUAUGUAUCAUGCACGAGAAAUUCAACUUUUCAUGGUGGACAACGGAGCAGACGACUGGCGGAUAGCUAUGACUUACGAGCGCAUUCUGUUCAUCGUGCUGGAGCUUCUGGUGUGUGCCAUCCACCCAAUCCCAGGACAGUACGUUUUCACCUGGACGGCACGGUUGGCCUUCACAUACACGCCGUCUGUGGCCGACGCCGACGUGGACAUCAUCCUGUCCAUCCCCAUGUUCUUGCGCCUCUAUUUAAUUGGCCGUGUCAUGCUGCUGCACAGCAAACUGUUCACGGACGCUUCGUCACGCAGCAUAGGCGCCCUCAACAAGAUCAACUUCAACACACGCUUCGUCAUGAAGACCCUCAUGACCAUCUGCCCUGGCACCGUGUUGCUCGUCUUCAGCAUCUCCUCGUGGAUUAUUGCAGCCUGGACGGUGCGCGUGUGUGAAAGAUAUCACGAUAAACAGGAAGUGACGAGUAACUUCCUGGGUGCAAUGUGGUUGAUCUCCAUCACCUUCCUGUCCAUUGGUUAUGGAGACAUGGUGCCACACACCUACUGCGGGAAAGGAGUGUGUCUGCUGACGGGAAUCAUGGGGGCGGGCUGCACUGCGCUGGUGGUCGCCGUGGUGGCCAGAAAGCUCGAGCUGACCAAGGCAGAGAAACAUGUUCAUAACUUUAUGAUGGACACUCAACUUUGCAAAAGAGUGAAGAACACGGCUGCUAACGUACUCAGGGAAACGUGGCUCAUCUACAAACACACCAAGCUAGUGAAGAAGAUCGACCACGCCAAGGUCAGGAAACACCAGCGCAAGUUCCUGCAGGCGAUCCACCAACUGCGCAGCGUGAAGAUGGAACAGAGGAAGCUGAAUGAUCAGGCCAACACACUUGUCGACUUAGCCAAGACGCAGAAUGUGAUGUAUGACCUAGUGUCAGAGCUGCAGGAGCGCAGUGAAGAGCUGGAUAAGCGGAUCGGUCAUUUAGAGGAGAAGCUGGACUCCAUCGCUCUGAGUGUCCAGUCUCUCCCCGAGCUGCUGAACAGAGCCAUAACGCAGCAGCAGCGCCACCUGCUGGACGGCCUCAUUCAUCACUCCACACACUCCACACACUCCUCACACUCCUCACACACCAGCUCGGCAUCUGUACGCCGCCGGAGGUCACCGUCCACCGCUCCACACACGUCCUCUGACAGUGGCUAACACACACUUACAAACACAAUAACACACACAUAUACACACACAUUAUAGACACGCCUGUGCUUCUCUGAUUAACAUGGCUCGAGAAAAAAAGACUUUAAUGACUUUAACACACUGACACGAAAAAAGAAGAAAAGAAAUAAAAAUAACGUAAUGAGUUAACAGUUCAUGGUAGACAUAUGGUUUACGUUUAGCCAUUGUAUGGCUGUUUAAAGUUAGCUUUUUUGUAAAAGCCCUUGUAUAGUUUACGGACUGAAUCCAGGGUGUGGGGUGGGGGGGGAAUCACACACACACUUGCACACUAAUACACACUGCUGGCUGAGAAAAUGUCAUCUUUUCUCAUGAGGAAGGACAUCAGCGGAGGACAAAGGAUGGAGAGAUGUGGGACUGAGUGAUGGUCGCACACACACAUGGGCCUUUGGGAGCUCUGAACAUGAGCAAAGGAAAAAACACCAAAUGAUCAAAAACACACAGAAUUAUUAGAAAUGUCACAACUUUAAAACACCAGAACACACACUAAUUACUGUUUGUCUGAAAUGAAUUCUUUGUCCAAAUUGAACCGAAACAAACAGAAAAGAAUCACAUGGAGGAUUUAUUGUUUUCUUUUGUUGUUUUUUUUUUUUUAUACAAAGCAUGCUGGGUAAAAGUGUCAGGAUGGAAAAACGAAUCACUGUGUCCAUACGUACGCUUUAACUUUUUAUUUUCAUCAGUCUUUAUUUCAGUGCUCUGCGUCUCGGGAGAUUGUACUAAAACAUUCCUUUUUUCCAUUUUUGUUUCCAAGUGCCCAAAAACAGUUUUUAAGGUAAAACCUCUUUAAGGUUUGUGAUGAUAAGUUUUUAUACCACAACAGUUUAUCGGUUUACUAUAUUAUCACAGUAUUAUUGAGCUGAGAAUGAUGACGAUGAUGGUGAUGGUGAUGACGAUGAUAGUGAUGAUGAUGAUGAUGGUGAUGACGAUGAUAGUGGUGAUGAUGGUGGUUGUGAUGAUGAUGAUGAUGCUAGUAAUGGUGAUGAUGGUGGUGAGAUGAUGAUAAUGAUCAUAAUGGUGGUAAUGAUGAUGAUGAUGAUGAUGAUGAUGAUGAUGAUGAUGGUGGUUGCGAUGAUGCUGGUAAUGAUGAUGAUGUUUUUAAUCUUCAGUAUGAUGUGGUGAUGGUGGUGGAAUAUUAGCAUCUUUACUUAAACAGUAAUAAAGUGAUAUUAUAGAACUAUCAAUAAUUAGCUAGCAAACCAACUAUAAAAUACAUUUGAUUUUAUUUAAGAAAAUAAGAAUAUUAUUUCAGUCCAGUCAGCAGCUUCCCUGAGUGUAACGCUGACCAGCUAUCCUGAUUUUUAUAGAAUGGAGACUAAGAUUAUCUCAGUCAUUUAUAUGGCUAGUUAUGUUUAGCUCAGCGUCACGCUAACCUGCUAGUUCUAUGUCAAAUCCAAUAAACUAAGAAAUUAGGAAGUUUAACACAUUUUGGCUAAAUUUACUUAUUUUUCACAGACAGCAGCUUUCUCUGUUAGGCAGAACAGAACCUCUGUGUUCAACAUCAAAGAUAAACAGAAGGUCGUUGUCAUGGUAACAUUAAACUUUACUCCAAUAAUGUGACGUAGUGAAGUAAGUCCGAAGAAUGAUCAUGAUGUCGAACCCUCUGAGAGGGCGAUGAGGGUGGAGAUGUAGAGGAAUUCCUUCCUCAGAGUCUUCCUCAGUCUUCCAUUUUAUUUAUUGGUUUAAAAUGAAACUUUACUUUCUAGUUAUUUGUGUUUAGCCACAAACGUCAUGUUUUUGUUGUUGCAAUGCGAACUAACUUUAAUAUCAAUCUAAUUUACAAACUAGCAAGCAUAUGGUCCAAAUUAUUAUUUUUUUAUUAAAACCACAAUCUAAAAAUAUUAAAUAAAUAAAGUAGAUGAUUAGAUUUAAGUUUAAGUUUUUAUUAUUACAUUUUUAGAGAUGUUUAAGAUUACAGUUAAAGUGGCUGUCAGUGAUUCUGAGGGAUUUGUGUGUGCAGAAGAGCACCAUCACCAUCAGCACGCUGGUGAAGGAAAUUAUGGGAUUUCGUUCUUACAUUCUUGUUUUUUUUUCCUCAUUUUUUGAGCUAGUAGUUUGUGAGUAUUGUGAUGUUAUUGUUUAUCUGAUUAUCAGCACGUUCCUGAAGUCUGCUCGACCUCAGUGACUGCAUGUUUAUGAUGAUGAUGAUGAAGAUUAUGAUGAUGAAGGGUAAACACGGGUGUUUGGAUGUGUGUGCUGUAAAACAGAGACAUUUUACUCAGAGCUUCCAAGGGUCCUGUUGUCUCAGUGCUGCGACAUUGCAAUGCAAACGAGGACAGAUGCUAACCUCCAGGAUGGCUUUAGGUUCAUUUCUUCCUUUCUCUUCCUUGAUUUUUAAUUUUUUUUUUAAAAAAAGAUUCCUUUUUUAUGAUUUAUCUAGGAUUUUUAUAGCGUGUAGAAGAGAAUAACUAAUAAUUCCUACAGAGUGGCAGCAUAGUUGAAUUCAUGCAUUCCUUAGAUCAAAGACCAAAAACCACCGAGAAUUAAAAAAGAUGAAGAAGAGUCUAAUUUGUCAUUUGGGGUUUCAUCAUAGAUGACAUGAAAUUAAAAGUGAUUAGGUUCCCAGCUCUGUAUCUGAGACUAAAAUAUCUAAGACAUGGUUGUUUUUUACGGGUUUCAAAAAGAAAAAAAUGAAAAAAGAAGAAUCAAACUGCCUUUACUGUGUGUCUUCGGCCGUGUUGACCAACCUGUAGCAGAUGAACAUGAUGCUGGGCUCCAAUAUAAAGAAAUAAAUCCACUACACUCCUGAA